AUGCCAUCCUCAUCCUUAAUCGAAUUCAUUGACACUGCACUUUCUUGCACAAGCCCCUUUACGCUAUCCUAUGCAGACUCCAAGCAAAAAUGGCUCAUCAGAAAAGACCUCAUUUCUCUAAUCCAAGAUUACCCCAGUUUCAACCUUUCAGCCGAUACUUUCAAUCACAAUGAUGGCACCACCGUGAACCUUCUACAAGCAACUGGCGAUCUCCGAGUCGCCAAUCAUACUCCUCCUAUACCACUCAUAAUUUGGCUCCAUGAAAACUAUCCUUGCAUGCCUCCUAUGGUCUUUGUUUUACCAAAUUAUAUGUCUCCGAUUCAUCAAGACCACCCCUUUGUUGACUCUUCUGGUGCUACCACUUCUCCUUAUCUACAAACUUGGGAAUUCCCUAGAUGCAACCUCACUGAACUUGUGCACAACCUUGUAAAAAAUUUCACUCUUGACCAUCCUUUCGCUUGCUCGCCGGCAGCUAGUUUCACUCACCCCUCUCUUGUCUCUAAGAGGGAGGCUCUUGAUCGACUUUCAGUUAAGCUUCAUUAUGACACAAUUGCCUUGCUAGCCCAAACUGAAGACGAAAUGGAGGACUUACCUAUUUUGCAAGAAGAAUUGGUGAAAAGAGAUGAUAUCAUCACUAGCAUGAUUAUCGGAGUUGAACAUGAAAGAAUGAACUUGAAAGAUAGAGUAGAGAAUUUGACGAACCAAGCUGAUGUCCUGGUGAACUGGUUGAGAGUUAAUGAUCCAAAAUCAGUUGUGACAAAGGCAGAGAAUGAAAUGGAUGAUGGUGACGCAUUUGAAGCUGGUGAUGAAGAGUCCAGGUUGUUGAUAGAUUACUUGGCAGCAGAUAGGGCCUUAGAGGAUUUAAUAUAUGCGUUGGACAAGGCAGUUGAGCAAGGAGUGGUGAGCUUCGAUGUAUACAUUAGGCAAGUAAGAGUAUUUGCAAGAGAGCAGUUCUGUUACAAAGCUAUGCUUGUAAAAUUGAGAGGACCUAACAUACUCCAUUGUCUUUGA